GAGCUGCCUUUCAGUGUCACCCAUCAGUGCCAGUCACAGUGCUGCCAAUCAGUGCGAGUCAGUGCCACCUAUCAAUGUGCAUCAGUGCCGCCUAUCAGUGUCAUAUAUGAGUGCUGCCUUUCAGUGUCCAUCAGUGAUGCCUGUCAAUGUCCAUCAGUGCCACCUACCAGUGCCUCUUCAUCAAUGCCCAUCAGUGCCACCUAUCAGUGUCCAUCAGUUCCCAUCACUGCAGCCUCAUUAGCGCGCCUCAGUGAAGGAGAAAAAUCACUUAUUUACAAAAUUUUAUAA